GGAAUUCUUGGAACUCUUAGCUCCCUCGUGCAGGCAAUCAAAUCACGUCUUGCCAUUGCUAUAUUUUUGUCGCCAUCCUUUGCGGAAAAAAACGCGACACACUAAACUAAAGUCGCACCGCAUAAACCAAAACAGCAGACAACAACGGACAAUGCUAGCAACCAUUUUGCCAGGCCUUUUGCUAUCAAUCCAAAUGCCCUUUCAAUCUUUGGGCAUCAACCCAACAACGGGUCAGGGUUCAUAUAUCUAUACCAAAAACUAGAUAUCAAUGCUCCAAUAUUUCCUUGCCGAUCGACGUCAAAGCCAACCAUUAGUGCUGGUUUACUGAGGUGUGGGAAGAGUUGCAGACUUAGAUGGAUUAAUUACUUGAGAGCAGACUUGAAGAGAGGAAACUUCACCAGAGAAGAGGAAGAGACAAUCAUCAACCUGCAUCGAUCCGUGGGAAAUAAGUGAGAGUCUCUCUUAUUCGCUUUUCUUUCCCCCCUUCUUUUUAUUCUCUCCAAGGCCUAAGUUUGGCUUCACUAAACAUAGUUACAAACUUGUACCAUUUCGUUAUUAACAUGUAGUUGUGCGUAAACAACGGUCCAAAGAGAAGAAAAAAAAAUCAGUUCCAACCUAACGAGUUGUUAGCACUUAGUCACUUGCUGAAUCGUGCGUAAAAAAAGAAAAAAAAAAAGGGAAACUUUAUUGAAAUGUACUUGGUACUUUAGAUGCUGAAAAGUGAAUCUACAAUAAUGGAGAAAUUUCUUGACUUCGAUACGAUUGUAACUUUGUCGUACCCUCUCCUGCCAAUUCUUGGUGGAUGGUAAUAAAGAUGAUGAUGUAGCGCAGUGGUAUGUAUGUAUGCAUGCCACGAGUACAUUCUGCUUUAUUCACUCGACAGUCAUAAUCCGUGACUCGGUACUGUUGAUGUGCGAAGUUCCACGUUUAAGAAGGCCUUUUGAGAAGCAUCAAAGUUAGUAAAACGUCGAAGAUCGCGAAACAAAAAAGUAUUGCGGACCACUAAAAAUGCUUGUUUAUUUGUGUUCCUUGUAGUAUCUUCUGCCUUUAAUGAGUUUGGUGGAAAAGAAAAUUACGGCCAAAGAAAUUAAAAUUGUAGCUGCCUCCCUUUACUUGGAAAUGAGGGCAUUAAAUUUUCUAGACCCCAGUCCCCGAACUUGAAGCCGUUGAUCUCUAUUUUUUUCCAUCUAAAAGUUGGUCGGGAAGCAGCAAAUUAAUUAUGAGCAACUAGAAUUAAUUCGAUCGUACAGUUUCUGUCUCCGUGGCUCUUGUACUAGUGUUUUUUCAUGACAUUUUAUUAAUUCAUCGUGAGAUGAGAGUUUUAGUUUUACUUCAUGGGGCGAUGCGUCGCAGGUGGUCCUUGAUAGCAAGCAAAUUACCAGGGAGAACAGAUAACGAAGUGAAGAACUACUGGAACUCUCACCUCAGUAGGAAAAUCUAUAGUUUUAGGUCCAGCGAUGGUUCCUCGGUGACCACCUUAGACAUGGUCAACAUGCCUAGCAAAUCUAAGAGAAAAGGCGGUCGGGUGAGCCGAGCGGUUGCCAAAAAGUACAGCAUGCACCCAAUCACAAAAGCUCCUCCUAUUACUACUACUACUAAUGAAACAUCAUCAUCAUCAAAGAUUAGCAGCACAAGUGGGAUUCAAGAGGCCACAACAGCAGCGCAAAAUGCACUGGUAGGUAUGGUCGAAGCCACCACACAUGGGGUACCUGAGUCCACGGCUGCAGCAGAAAAAGUUUCUGAUGACGCGGCGGUAGGUGCGGUUGAGGAGAGCGGAAAAUAUCAGUUGCAGCCAAUGGCCAAUAAUAAUUAUGAUUACGAUGAGAGCGAAGGGGGAUGCAUUAAUAGCAUGCACGAUAUUAGGUGUGGUGAUGGAGGUGAAGGAUGUGCGAGGGCAUUAUUGGUGCCCUCUCCAGAAAAGCUGGAAGGAGAAAAGGGAGUCGCGGGACCAAAUGAUGAGCUAGAUGAUGUAACUUUGCUUCUUGAAAGUGUUCUGGAGAGCGAUUUGAUGGACCUGAGCGAGAUUUCAGUGCAUACUGGGGACACAGAAAAUGAAUCAAUGUAUCCAGAAAGCGCUUCAAUUAACAAGGACAGCGACUCCGGUGCCAGCAACUCAAAUUCAGACACGGGGGAUGGCCUGUACGACUGUUUCGCACCGUUAGAUUCUUAUUUCAAUCAUACCUGGGAUGCAGAAUAUGCUGUACCAGGAUUCGGGCUUUGGGAUCAAGAAGAUGACGACGUACUAUGGCCAUGGGAGAGUUAAACCCACAAAAACAGACCAGUUGCAGUAAGUUCAACAUCAAAAUGCUUCAUCGGAGGAGAAAGGCAUAUAUCGUCAACUUUUCUUGCUGCAGCUGCUGUAAUCCCCUCUCUAAAAAGUAAUAGUCGGCUAACAUAAAAACUAGUAGUCCUGAAUAAAUUCACAAUUUUAUCUAGCAGAUUGUCGCUUUAUGGUAGGUAGCAUGUGUAGGCAAUUGAUUAUCAGCAUGUACAGUAUCAAGACAUUUGCCAAAAAUAAAUAAAAACAGCACGAGUAGAUGAGUAUUCUAACUUCCUCAAA